AGAGUGGGGCGCUGAAAGGGGCGAGGUCGAGGAGCGAUGGUGAAGACACACUGCUUUUCGGUGCAGUACGCGAAGUCGAGCAUGUCCACCUGUCGCGUCUGCAUGGCCAAGAUCGUGAAAGACUCCUUGCGAGUCGGUCACAGCCAGUUGGAGGCUGAAAAUGACCUGAGCCGAAAGCCGGACCGGUCCCACCUUCCGGACAUGGACGAGCGCAUGAUGGCCAUCGCAGGCGCCGCCCGCUGGCAUCACUUCGAGUGCUUUCCGCGGAUGAAGGGCGCCAAGUGGAUGGCUGCGAACCUGCCGGACUCCCCCACCAAGCUGGAAGGCUUCAAGGAGCUCAAGAAAGGCGAUCAAAAGAAGCUCCUCCAGCUCUGGAAGGCCCUGGCGAGUCCGGAGGGGAAGCCGUCGAGCAAGCGGAAAGCCGAGAUGGAGGGGAAGGUCGCAAAGAAGCCUGCGAGCAAGAUCUCAGCCAUCACAUCUGUGCAAGGUGUCCUGACCAGCGCACAGUUUAAGAAGGUGCAGGCACUUGAAGCCGACCUGUCAUCCUCAACCAACCACGCACUCCUUGGAGAGCUCAGAAAGAACGACCAGCCACGGACCGGCAAGAAGGAGGAGUUGGUCUCGCGCGUGGCGGAAGGGCGAGUGCUGGGAGCUCUACCCAGCUGUCCCAAGUGCAAACAUGGCCAGAUCCACUGGAGCCGUCUUGGAGGCUGGUUUAGCUGCCCGGGCUACUACGACAGAGAUCUGAAGACCACCCGGCGGUGUUUCUUCCGCUCGAAGGAGAUGAAGAGGAAAGAAUGGAAGAAGUGAACACGCGUGAGGAUAUUUUUGCUGUUUGCUUCAUCCUUUUCAUCCUUUUCCCAAGCAAGAUCAAGAAAGCAUCCUCUGGUAUCCUCUGGUUAUCGGGGGAGUGUGCUUCUGCCCAAGUGACACUGGAAGUGAUGGAACAAAGUGGGAUCUUGCGAGAAGGAUGAGUUGUCCAAAGUUGGGUCCAUGCUUGCAAGAAGCAUCCCAGACACGACCGACGGGACUGGAGUAUUGACCUGACC